UGAACACCCACUGCAAAGUGUAGCCGCAGCAUUUCGCGAUGACGACUGCUUCAUUGAUAAGUCAAGUAUGUGCUAUCUCGUUGACUGUGAGUCUGUUCGUGGCCAUAUAUGUCAUUCUUCGCUCUCGUGGUCUUCGAGUGGUUUUGAGCGCCAGCCUCUUCGUGGCCUUCCUAGUUGCAACGCAGCUGUCGGUGAAGAUCGUGGAGUCUAAGCCCUUCAAUUGGAGGUAUCCUGGCUUGCUCACCACAUUGCAUUUUUCUUGUGUUGUGGUCGCUGUCUCUGUGUAUUGGACAUGGAGAGGAGAGCCUCGCAAGAUUUUUCCCUGGUCAAUUCCCCUCCUGCGCUGGGUGAAGACAGUUGUUCCAGUGGCGAUUAGUCAACCCAUCUCAGUGGUUUUCAACAACAAAGCCAUGGUCUAUGCUGGUGCUGGUGUUUGCGCCGUCAUUGGGACGCUUUCUCCUGUUUGUACAGCAGUCAUCUCUAGUUGUUGCGGCAGACGGCUGACAGUUUUGUCCUGGGGCGGUGUGAUCAUUGCAUUCUUCGGUGCAUUGGUGAUCUCCUGGGGCGAGGUGUCUUCAGUCGGAGAGGCCAAACACAAGUCUCGCAUCAUUGAGGGACUUAUCUACGCCUUUGCCUCCUUGUCUGGCCGCUGUGCAAAGAUAGUGAUUCUGGAUUAUAUGAUGGCCCCGCUAGCUUAUGCCAGAGGUCUGGACGCAGAAGAGGAGCCGCUGUCAGUGAUCCACGUUUUGGGCCUGACGUAUCCCUGGGGUGCAGUGCUUUCGCUGGCAUAUGCACUGACUUGGGGUGGCGAAAGUCCUCAGAAGGCGUGGGAACAAUUGACUCCUGAACUAUGUGGCUACAUUGCGUUGUCCUGCUCUUUUGCCCUCGCGCUCAAUUUCUUGGGCACUUUUGCUUUGCACGACCUGGGUGCCAGUGCUCAACAGAUCGUGGGUAAGCUCAACACCAUUUGCUUGGCAUCGAUAUCAGUUGCCUUUCUGGGAGAACAUCUUCCAGUCAUGGUGGUGCUGGGAAGUGCUCUCGUGCUUGGAGGCGUUGCCAUAUUUGAGCGCGGGCAGCACGAAACUGGAGAGGAUUCCGUAAAGACCUCAGAUAGUGACAGUGAUUUCGAAGAAAGCCUCGAACCCAUCAAGCCUUGACAAGGCCCAUCAGGAGACCAAAGCCUGUCUCACUCCAAAAGGUCCAGUGAGUAGACAGCAGUUCGACAUAGCUCGACCAUGGAUUCAACAAAGAGUCGAUGAUGAAAUCGACACAAGUGUAC